AUGGGUGACAAACAUCACCACGAUUCUGCUCAUUCAUCGUCGUCAGAGUCCUAUUCAGAAUCAGUUGCUCGUCAAGCUUCGCAUGAUGAAUCGACAAUUAAGAAUAAAAAAUCAAAGUACCUGGAGAGGUCGGUCUCAUACUACAUUACCCUAAUUUUCCGUAUUUUUGCAUAUGACUCCAUUCUAUGGUUUUUCAAUCUUGUAAUUCACACAUUUUUUAGAGAUGUUCAGACACGUGGCAGUUUCAACAUUCCUAAAAGAGGUCCAGUUAUAUUUGUUAUUGCGCCACACCACAAUCAAUUUGUCGAUGGAUUGGUUGUUAUGACCAAAGUCAAGGAACACCUGAAUCGUCGUAUUGCGUUUUUGAUUGCACAGAAAUCGUAUGAUCGGUUCUUUAUUGGUGAUGCCGCAAAAUUGUGUAGUGCCAUUCCGGUAAAGAGAGCACAAGACCUUUUGAAGAUGGGAACGGGUGUGAUUUAUGGAGAUGAGAAUGAUGCAAGGAUUCUUAGAGGUAAAGGAACCAAAUUUACUACGCAGUGUCAAGAAAAGGGAUUGAUUGGAUUGCCCAAUAGUUUGGGCAAUAGUCAGAUUUUGGAGAUUAUUGAUGAUGAAAAGUUGGUUUUGAGGAAACCAUUUAGUUCACCAAGAUCAGAGAUUGAAAAGAGGAUUCAGGAGAAAUUGAAGCAGGGUACCGAGUUUAAGAUUGCUCCGCAUAUCGACAAUCAUAUAGUAUUUCAGAAUGUUUUUGAUCAUUUGAAUGAUGGCAAGGUAUUGGGAAUCUUUCCCGAAGGUGGCUCGCAUGAUCGUCCUGAUUUAUUACCAUUAAAACCCGGAGUGGCUAUAAUGGCAUUGGGUGCUGUGGCACAGCUGAUGAAGGAAAGGUUGGAAGAUGAAGAAGAUGGUGUACCUAAUCCACCUCCGGUCACGCCAGUGGCCAUUGUCCCCGUUGGCUUGAGUUAUUUCCAUCCACACAAGUUUCGGUCUCGUGUGGUGAUUGAGUUUGGAAAACCAAUUAUUGUUACAGAAAAAAUGGCUGAUCAGUACCAAAAAAACAAUAGGGAAUCUGUAGACACUUUGCUCAAGAUUGUUACCCUUGGUUUGAAGGAAGUUACUAUGACUUGUAAUGAUUACGAAACGCUUAUGGUUUUGCAAGCUGCAAGAAGGUUGUACACCUCGGGUAACCGAGACAAUAUACCACUACCCAUGGUUAUUGAGAUGAAUAGGAGGUUAAUUAAAGGAUAUGAGCAGUAUAAGGAUCAGCCCGAUGUGCAAGAAUUGAAGGAUGCAGUAUUGGAGUACAAUAGGCAAUUGCGAAGAUUAGAUCUUCGUGACCACCAGGUGGAGUCAUUAACGCGUACUAAUAGGGCACAUACAAUCUGGACUUUUAUUGCGCGGUCGUUUAAGUUUUCCCUAUUUAUGGGCUUGAGUUUACCAGGAAUCUUUAUGUUUAGUCCAGUUUUCAUUAUAUCCUCGCGGAUAUCGAAGAAGAAGGCCAAGGAGGCGCUUGCAGGGUCGGUGGUUAAGAUCAAGGCCAAGGAUGUUUUGAGUACGUGGAAAAUUCUUGUGGCAUUGGGUCUUGCGCCCAUGUUGUAUAUUUUCUGGUCGAUUAUGGGUGUGAUUGUUAUUAAUAGAUUGCAGUUACUUGGGCAAUACCAGCCACCGACGUGGAUUUUGUUUAUAGUCUUUUAUCUUUGGGCAGUGCUCACGACAUAUGCGUCAUUGCGGAUGGGUGAGAUUGGUAUUGAUUAUUACAAGUCGUUGAAGCCAUUGUUUAUAUCGAUGUUGAGUAUUAGCCGUGACCAAUUUCAGAUUGAGGAUUUGAAAGCUACAAGACGCAAUUUGCAAGUACGGGUGAAUGCGUUUUGCAACAAGUAUGGACCUGAUAUAUUUGAAGAUUUUGAUAGGUUUUACCGCCAGUAUAAUGAGGGAGAGACGAAUGAGGCAGACUUGGAGGCGGAGACUAGGCAGGAUGAGGCCAAUGCCAGGUUUGAAGAUUUGCAGAGGACAACCAGUGCGAGCUCGUUGGAUUUCAAUUUGCACAAUCUUGCUGAUAUUCCGAUUUUCGCGGCUGCUGAUUUGGAGCAGACUAGUGAUGUUGACUUGACCAAAGACCCCGAAGAGGAGGAGACGGAGGAGACGGAAAAAGAGGUAGAGACUGAUGGAGUGGAAACCGUGGGAAACAACAAUAUCAUCAAUAUCAGUAAUGAUAUUGAUGGUGGUGGUGGUGGUAAUGAUGGUGCAAAGAUGAGAUUGAGAAAAUCAUUGGGUGAGAAGUAUUCAAAUGUGGAGUAA